AUGGCGACGGAUGGCGACAGCAGCUCAUGCUCGACAGUGUAUGCUAUGAACCGCGUGCUGAUUCUAGGCCAGUUCAUUUCGGUGUUGAUUGCAUGUACCGGUGUUUUCUCUCAACUGUUGAAUGGAUCGUUUCAGAUCCACAUCCCAGUGACGCAGAGCGCUGGCAAUUAUCUGCUUUUAUGCCUGUACUUGGUGGACCCCAUCAUGCGGUUCCGACGCCAAAAAGGCUACAAACUCGAGAUCCCGUGCUGGCAAUAUCUGCUGCUGGCAUUUGCUGAUGUGGAGGGAAACUUUUUAGUGGUCUGCGCGUACAAGUAUACAUCGAUCUCAAGCGUCAUGCUGCUGGAUUGCUUCACUAUUCCAGUAGUGAUGCUUCUGUCAACUGUGUUUUUGCGAGCCAAGUAUACACGCUCGCAUUUUGUGGCGGUGCUUUUUUGUCUUGUGGGCAUCAGUGUGUUGGUCAUCUCGGACGUGAUUCGCGACCAGGAGACUAUGCUCAAGGCAUCGUGGGACGUCUCAGCACUGUAUGGAGACUUUCUCUGCUUGUUUGGAAGUGCUGUCUAUGCCUGCUCAAAUGUUGGACAAGAAUAUCUCGUCAAGAAGGAGAAUCGACGUAUGGAGGUCCUCGGUCUAAUAGGGCUCUUUGGCCUUCUCAUCAGUUCUGCACAAGCGACGUAUUUUGAAGGAGACAUUGUCCGAGCUGUAGACUGGACUUGGCCCAGCAUGCUGUGUCUACUUGGCUACAUCAUCACGUUGUUCGUCAUGUACAGUGCCACGUCGAUUUUCCUAACUACAGGCGAUGCCGCCGUCUUCAACUUGUCGCUGCUUACAUCCGAUUUCUUCGCGGUCGUUGCAGCCAAGUAUCUUUUCAACGAGGAGCUCAGCAGUCUCUACUUCGUGGGCUUCUCUCUCGUCAUCGUGGGAGUCUCAGUCUACAACAGGUCGACCACCGUCGCAAGCUGUAGUGACCCGUUCGACGUCCAAGAUGGCUCCAUCGAUCGCCUGUUACCUGCUGAACCUUAG